AUACAAAGACGUCGUCACCCGGCCACAAGUCCACAGUCCCCCACGUAAGAACAGAGAGACCAACUUCAUCUUCCUCAUCCACUCUCUUUUAAGUAACGAUGUCUCUGCACAUUUGCAACUGCUUUGCUCUCUCAAACUACAAACAAGCCCACACUCGGCAACCCUGCUUCUCAAACUCAAAGCCCAAUCCUUCUUCUUCUUCUUCUUCUUCUUCACUUCAAACACCUCCUCAUUUCACCAAGAGAAGCCUCGCAUUCUCACUUGUUGCACCACUUUUAUUAAAUGGGGUCCUCCCAAACUUGCCCAUUUUCGCUGAGGAGUUGGAGCUCGAGCGCUACACGGAUUCCAAGGAGGGCUUCACUCUCCUCCGGCCCUCCUCUUGGAUUAAGGUUGAUAAAGCAGGGGCCACUGCUCUGUUUGAAGAGGCAAGUAAUAAGAGCAACAAUGCUGGUGUUGUGGUUAACCCGGUUCGGCUUAACACCCUUGCAGAGUUUGGCACUCCUCAGUUUGUAGCUGAUAAGCUUAUACAAGCUGAAAAGCGCAAGGAAAGUACGAAAGAUGCCGAGGUUAUUGGAGUUGCAGAGAGAUCAGGUAAGGAUGGGCUACAAGUAUACGAAUUUGAGUAUAAGGUUGAUAGCACUAGGGGAGGGAUGAAGAGGAUUUUUUCAGCUGUAUUUGUUGCCUCAAAGAAGCUCUACCUCUUAAACAUUACUCACUCAGACAGACCAGAGAGUCCUCUUAGCCCCUAUACCAGACUGAUGUUGGAACAAGCUCUUCAUUCUUUUGAUGCAACAACUUGAACAUAGUAUCACCGC